CCAUCAACGCGAGGCCAGCCAAUCACUACCUGCGUUUGGGAAGGGGCGGCGCCCAAGCGGAGCCAAUAGGAGGAGAGGAGCCGUUUGUCACUGGGCGCGAAAUCGAUGGAGGUUUUGAAUCGGGUGUCGGUGGCUUUGAACAAUGGCGAAAGCGAAAGAGGAAGAUGAACUAGCCAUGCUUGAAAAAGGGAUAGAGGAAUUGUGUACGCAAAUUGAAACAACUUAUUGCCAUCAAUCCCUCGAAAAGACUUCGGGACCAAGGAAUAAGUGCUACAAGUACAUAACCUCACUUAAAGAUAACUGGUCCAAGAAAUUGGCUGAAGGGGAUGAGAUCAUCAGGAAAGUUCACCAGUAUACAAAUGAGUGUUGUCAGAAGAACAAGUUAGCCGAGGAAAAACAGCAGAAAUUAUCAGAAAUUCUUGCUAUUAUUGAGGAUGAGAAAAAACAAGAGAAAGAGUUGAAGGAAAAUAUUCAAGCGCUCAAGGAAGAAUUGAUCAGAAAAAAUAAAAUUUCAGCUGAAAACAAAGCCACUGAAGAAGUGACGGAAAAGCUACGUAAUGCUGAAAAUCUGUUUAAAGAAGGCCUUGGACUAGAAAUACGCAGAACCAGUGAAAAUCAGCUGCAAUUUAUAUUCCGCUGUAUUUCCCGCAAAGAUUUUGACGAGCCAUACACACUUACCCUUUCCCUUAAUGAAGAGGGAACUUAUGAAGUGAUCUCUUGUUUUCCUCCCCUGGACUGUAUAAAAGAGCUGCAGGCUAAAGUACGAGAAACCAACAAUUUUUCCGCAUUUAUUGCUAAUGUUAGGAAAGCCUUCGUUACCUUGACUUAUAAAUGAAAUGUUCCUUUAUUUGUAAAUCUGCCUGUAUUUCUAUUUUGUUAUAUAUGCUGUAUUUAGAAAAUGUUCGAACAGUUAGUGACUUGAUCUUCAAUACAGAAGAGACUGAACAAAGGCUGCACACAAUCUGCAAGAAUCAAUCCUGCUUUCUGAACACUUCAUAGUCAGGUGAGGGUUCUGGUGGAAAGGCAUUUUUUCAGCCCCACACCUUCCCACCAGAUCCCUCACCUGUCCUACAUUUCCAGUUACCCCCUUUCCACCUCAUUUUCCCACUUUUUCAACCAACCGUUCCCAUUCCAACCUUUUCGCAUUUCCAGUCCUUCUUUCCCACCCCAUUCCCAAGCCAGUCUUUCCCACUUUUCUUUAUUCUAAUACACACUUCCUCCAAAAUGUAUAGGUAAAAUAAACUAUGGAGAUGAUUGGA